AUGCAGAAUAUCAUGCUGGUGGUCGUUGUCUACUUUGCGGCCGUCGAAGCUCUCGAAAUCCCGACCGGACCGAAGAUCACGGUUCCCACGCACAACAGUGUGGGCGAAGCGAGACGACUUCUGAGAUCUCGUGAAGCUGCAGCUCUGGACAACACGGACAAUGAAUCCAGCCCGGAUUCCGACGAGAGGGGCCCAGGUGCUACGUGGCUCUCGAGGCUUGCUCAACUGGACCAAGACCAACCAAGACUUAAGUCUAUGCAGACCGUGAAUCAUUGGAUCAUAGACAAAUGGCGCCCGUCGGACGUGUUUGAGCAUGUCAAGCGCUUUAAGGGCUGGGUCACCUUUGACAGCAACGUAAACAACCUCUCCAUCAGCCCAAAAGGGCGAUCCGUUUUCGAUUCCAGGCGUUACUGGUUACAUCCACUUCAGAAUUAA